AUGAUCUGUCAAGAAAAUGAAAAGAAAUUCGAAGAAGAACGUCGUGAUUGGGAAAAGGAGAGAGCUGUUUUGUCCUCAAAUCUGUUUGCGCAUGAGUACGUAAGUGAAUGCCAGAGAUUGGAGAAAGAGAACGCUGAUCUUACUACUCGCCUUGCUACUGCAAAAGCUGAAGGUUAUAGUAACUAA